AUGGCAAACCAUCCGCCUCCUCCGCUCGGCGGCCACUCCAAUUACACACAGCAAUGGGCUCCGGCAUUUCCUUCGAUGAUCCCUCCCAACUAUCACCCCAAUCCAGAAAAUACUUCUACAAUCCCUCCGCCGCCGGUUGCCUCUCAACAACACUUCGAGUUCAAUAUGAACGCUAUCGACGCGAAUUCCCAGGUUCCAGUAGCGGGCGCCACCGGUGGCCCGGGGGUUUUUUUCCCUUCUCAGUUUCCAUAUAUGGCUCCGUUCGAUCCAUCUCAAUUGUCAAAUCCCUCCUUUCCUCCUAUACCUCUGCCAUCAUUCGGGUACCCACCAAUACCAAUUCCUCCGGGAUUCUCCAACAUUCCACCGGGGCCUCUCAACGCGUACAGCGCGAACGUCAAUAGACCCUUACCGACUCAACCUAAAAUCGCAGAUGCCUCGAGUUCAGCGGACUCUAAUCUUGAAGAGGGCGAGGUGAACCAGAAAGAUAGCCAAACAUCUGCCAGGUCGAAGAAAGAUGCAAGAAUUGCAUCGCGCCAUAUCUCAGCUGCUCAACGGUCGGAUCUCGAGGAAGGAGAGACUAUCUCUUCUCCCUCUCCUUCUUCGAGUAGAAGCAGUUCACGUACGAAUCCAUCCUUUGUCUAUUUUUUUUUCAAACAUGCUAAUACUGGUCUAGCGUACAAUCCUCCACUUUCCGUCUCCCCUGACCCGGAGGUUGUCAAUCGUGCCAUAGAGCGACAAAACAGGGAUGCGAGAACGGUGGCAUCAGAAUAUUCGCAACCUGCUCGAUCAGCCACACAACUCCGGGUUCAGGCACAGGGCGCCCUUCUCAGAUUGGCCCCUCAUAAUAUCCGGUUCGAUGACUUGGUAGCGGAAGGUAUCAAUCCCGCAAUUCUGAGACAGCUAUAUGAAGAUGUUGGCAUCAGGGUGGGCACACCCACAGCCGAAAAGCCACCUGUUCAUCCCAAACUGGUUGGUACGGACAAGAAUGUGCAGUCUUCAACCACCUCUAGUCGACAAUCAAAGACGACAAAACCAGUUGCGCCUGAGAAGACCAAUAUUGCACCAAAGCCCCCGCUCCUAACUCCCCAACCACCUGCCACUGCAGUGACGACAGGUUCAGAAAAACCUAUAGAGCGAAAAGAGCUGAUAGCAAGAAUGCUAGCUGCUAAAGCUGCCAAAGCUUCUCAGCCCUCUCUGCCCAAGGAGCCUUCGAAAGAAAAACAAUCACCGUUGGUUACCCCUGCUGUCACCCCUUCAAUCAAAGAGAAUGGAACUGGAAUGCCCACUCGCGAGAAGAACAAGGCCCAAACGGAAUUGGCAAGGCAACGAAUUGAAGAGCUCAAGAAACAAGCAUUAUUAAAGAGUCAGCAAAAAGCCCAACAACUCAGUCAACCCGCACAAGAUGAUCAGGCCUUAGCCCUUCCAACACCUCCUGCACCAGUCGUUCAACAUCCACUUCCAGUUCGCCCUCCGAUCCCUCAAGCUGCCGAGCCUAGCGGAAUACCCGGACUUUUCAUGACUGAUUCGAAGCCCGACGUUGAAUCUCAAGGCUCCACUGCAGGCACACCUGGCAUUUCUGUUGAUCCAACGCCGGUUUCCCGAGCGACUCAGCGCAAAAGGCCCCGGGCCUGUGAUUUUGAUGAGCCUGCCACUGCUUCUAAGAAGCACUCAAGCCAUGCAAUAGGUCAUUACUCAAAAUCUGAAAAGCUUAUCAUCGAUAUCAGCGAUGACGAGUCUCUAUAUGGCGACGAUGAAGGUGAAAACAUGGAUGUUGAUGCAAGCCCUGAGCGGGACUCCUUGCCUACUACCGUCACCUCGGCCCUCGAUACUGCCAGGCCUCCUCUCCAAAAGUAUCCUUCUGCAACAAGAACAUCCACCUCGACUCCACAAGGAUCUGCCCGGCCUAGUGACCAAGAAAAUAUUCGUCAAAGAGACCUGGAAAUUCAGGCGCUGCAUCGAAAGAUUGCAGAGAUGGAGGAGCGGCGAAAAGCAAAACUUGCAGCAAGCCGAACUCAAUCACCACGUAAUCUGGAGGAUUCCGGAGUAUCAUCUUCGGCUACACAAUCCAGCGCUGCCGAAGCUGAUGUUGCUGAGACCCCGUCCGCCCCGGUCACCGUCGCCGACAAAUUUCCCACCUCAACGGGAUUUGCUGUGAACAAUGAGGUUCCUCAACAAAAUCCAAUGGACUUUUUCAGUGAUUCCUCUGUGGUGGUAUUGGCUUCAAUGACCUCUACACAGCUGGGGAGCCUUGUGUCCACGAUUUUUCGAUUGAAAGCGGCGGAGACUAGCAUCCCACCCUCAGAUAAUGAACAAACGAACACCGAUUCUCUAAAUCAUCCCCUUCCCGAGCGCCCAGCGCCUGCUACCGAAGAUAUUGCCAUGGAUGAUACUAUCCACAGUCCAGAUCAUGAGCAUGACAUGUCCGAUCACGAGUCCGAUGAAGAUUCAGAAGCUUAUGAGCCUCCCGAGCCCGAUGCAGGCGCAGAAUCUGAUAAUUCCGCCUACAGCCCUCCAUUCAGCCCUGCUCCCGCAGCGCCAAUAGAAGAUGAAGCAGGACUAGAGCCAUUGCUUGAUCUAUCCCAGCCCAAUGACCCUCCAGCCGGUCCGCCUCAGAUAUCAACGUUGGAGGCCCGUCCUCUUUAUCUAGGUUCUGAGGCCGAAAUUCUUGGUAAAACAUCUGCAUCCACAAAGCUGGACAACAAAUAUUCUCCAUACGUUAGCCCCUUACGAUAUUUCAAGGCAUAUCGCUACCACCCCGGUUAUACCGAGGAUGUUUCGGACGGCUACCGUUCGCUAACAUUUAGCCAUGACAUUGACUCGAUGAAAUAUUUCUGUCCAUACGAACUGGCCGGUGGUAUCUUGAUUCAAAUGGGAGCUGUCCGGGAAGGGCAGACUGAAGAAGAAAAAGAAACCUAUCUCGCUGGGUUGAAGGAAAUUAUCAACGAGAUGCGGCGUGACAAGGUGAAAGAUUUCAGCACUGUGGCCGCCGAGAUAGCCGCAUACCGUAGGCGCUUUCUCCAAGACCCAUCGCGUGUCUUGCCCCUGUAA